AUGAUGGCGAAGAAAUUGGUAAGUGCUUAAUUUAAACACUUUAUUUCUUCUUUUAGGAUUUCCCUUCGGUUUGAAGAAAGUUUAACAUAGUAACCAUUUAACCAAAACUAUGGAUUUCAGAUUAAUGUCCGGGUCCUCACAAUGGAUGCCGAGUUAGAAUUCGCAAUUCAGCCUUCGACUACCGGAAAACAAUUAUUUGAUCAAGUCGUGAAGACCAUCGGUCUCAGAGAGAUCUGGUUCUUCGGUUUGCAGUACACUGACACCAAGGGGUUCAUAUCUUGGCUCAAGCUCAACAAAAAGGUUAUGCAGCAGGAUGUAAAGAAGGAUCCUGUCCUACAAUUCAAGUUCAGGGCUAAAUUCUAUCCAGAAGAUGCUUCAGAGGAAAUUAUUCAAGACAUUACUUUGGUUUGUUUAGUUCUACUUUAAGAUUAGAUAUGAUGAUGAUCUUAAGGACGUAAUCAUAAUGUUUUCAGCGGCUGUUUUAUCUUCAAGUCAAAGAUCAGAUCUUGAGUGACGAAAUCUACUGUCCUCCUGAGCCUUCGGUUUUAUUGGCUUCCUACGCUACACAAGCCAAGUUUGGUGACUAUUCUCCAGAAAUCCACAAAUCGGGAUUCUUGCAAUCUGAAAGGCUUUUGCCGCAACGUGUUAUAUCUCAGUUUAAAUUGAGCAUCGAGGAAUGGGAGAGACGGAUUUUCGUCUGGUGGAGUGAUCAUCGCGGGAUGAGUAGAGACACCGCAAUGGUCGAGUACUUAAAGGUUUCACAGGAUUUGGAGAUGUAUGGCAUAAAUGUAUGUUUAUUUGUCUACUAUUCAACUUUAUUUUCUUCCAGUACUUUGAAAUCAAAAACAAGAAGGGUACAGAACUUUUUCUGGGAGUGGACGCCCUGGGGCUUAAUAUUUAUGAGAAGAACGAUAAGCUCUCUCCUAAAGUUGGGUUUCCAUGGUCUGAGAUUCGCAAUAUUUCAUUCAAUGAUAAGCGCUUCGUAAUUAAGCCAAUUGAUAAAAAAUCAAACGUAAGGUUUUAUAAUAAUUCUGAUGGAAAGAGUUUGAAGUAUGAAAAUAUAUUCUAAUUUCAAAAUUUUCAGGAUUUUAUUUUCUAUGCUCCGAGGCUGCGCAUAAACAAGAGAAUUCUGGCACUUUGUAUGGGAAACCAUGAACUUUAUAUGAGACGACGAAAACCGGAUUCGAUUGAAGUUCAACAGAUGAAGCAACAGGCGAAGGAAGAGAGAAUGCUUCGGCAGCUGGAACAAGAACGCCUGAAUCGAGAAGUGAAUGCACGAGAAGCUGCUGAAGCCAAACAACGGGAGUAUGAAGAGGAGUUGGCUCGACUAAGGGAGAAUAUGGAGAGAAAGGAAAGGGAGAUUGGAAGAGCCCAAGAACAAAUACGCGAACUUGAACAACAAUUGCUCGAACUCAGUCGGGUGAGUUUUGACAUCAUUUUGAAAGGAGUCGCUUAUUGUUUUAGGCUAAAGAAGAGCUCCAAAACAAAGAAAAGGAGCUUCAAGAGCUGACUCAUCAACUUCAAUCUGAACGUGUUAUGAGUGAAGAGGAACAUUCUCGGCUUCUUAGGGCCAUUGCAGAAAGCGAAAAUCAAGUCGCCGAAAUGAGAACCAAAGUAGAAUACAAGACUACAGAAGCAAAUAAUCUGCAGCGUCAGAUGGAUCAAAGACACAUUCAACAUAUUGCUGAGCACAAUGGUUCUGACGAUUAUUCUAACGCGAAUGUCGGUAUGUAAAGUUUUAAGUUAUGGUUAAUGGACUUUCUGUUUCAGAACUUUACAAUGGAGAUUCAUUUGAGGCUAACAACAGGGAGCUGGACCGUGUUACUGCUACUGAGAAGAACGUCAGCAUAAAGCAGAAACUUGAGGUAUGUCUGUCUGUAUGGAGGUUAUUUAAAAUCUUUUCAGUCUUUGACAAAAGAAUUGGAUUUGGUAAAGGACGACCGUGCUGUGACCGACUAUGACGUUCUUCAUAUGGAGAAUAAAAAAGCGGGUCGCGAUAAAUACAAAACCUUAAGACAGAUCCGUGGUGGAAAUACAAAGAGAAGAAUUGACCAGUAUGAAAAUAUGUAA